UCGAUCCUAUCAGAUAUUACCUUGAAUUAUCACUUCCUCUUCCCCAAAAAGAGUAUAUCCUCCUCUUCUGCACUGUUGCAGACACUCAAUUUAUCAUCGAUCAACUAAAAGAAACGCUUUAUUUUUUAAAUUCAGUAACCGACUCUUUUAACUCAGUGACUCAUCUACAAAACUGAGUCCGGUGGUGUUUUGAGGUUUUUCAUUUCGGUGAUGCUUCGUGAGUUUUUUUUCUUCCCUUUGAAGUGAUAAGAUUCAAGAAACUGAAAAGGUUGCAAAAUGGAUCGAGCUGGGCCGGCUAUGGAUAUGCCGAUCAUGCACGACAGUUACCGUUACGAUUUCGUUAAAGAUAUCGGGUCGGGUAAUUUCGGAGUCGCCCGACUUAUGAGGGAUAAGGUCACCAAAGAGCUCGUUGCUGUCAAGUACAUCGAGAGAGGCGAUAAGAUAGAUGAAAGUGUUCAAAGGGAGAUUACUAAUCAUAGAUCAUUGAGGCAUCCUAAUAUUGUUAGAUUUAAAGAGGUUACUUUAACACCUACUCAUCUUGCCAUUGUUAUGGAAUAUGCAUCUGGAGGUGAGCUUUUCGAGCGGAUUUCUGCCGCUGGCCGAUUCAAUGAGGAUGAGGCUCGCUUCUUCUUCCAGCAGCUUCUAUCCGGUGUUAGUUAUUGCCAUGCAAUGCAAGUAUGCCAUCGUGAUUUGAAGUUGGAAAACACAUUAUUGGAUGGAAGUCCAGCUCCCCGGCUUAAGAUUUGUGAUUUUGGGUAUUCAAAGUCUUCGGUUCUUCAUUCACAACCGAAGUCCACUGUCGGAACUCCUGCAUACAUUGCUCCUGAGGUACUCCUAAGGCAAGAGUACGAUGGCAAGAUUGCGGAUGUAUGGUCAUGUGGGGUUACCUUGUAUGUAAUGCUUGUUGGGCAAUAUCCUUUCGAGGAUCCUGAUGAGCCAAAAGACUUUCGGAAUACUAUACAAAGAAUUCUAAGUGUCCAGUACUCCAUUCCGGAUUUUGUCCAAAUAUCUCCCGAAUGUCGACAUCUGAUUUCAAGGAUUUUUGUUGCUGAUCCUGCAACCAGAAUUACGAUCCCGGAUAUCAGAAAUCAUGAGUGGUUCUUGAGGAAUCUCCCUGCUGAUCUGAUGGAUGAAAACACAAUGGGAAACCACAUCGAGGAGCCUGAUCAACCUAUGCAGAGCAUGGAUACGAUCAUGCAGAUUAUAGCUGAGGCCACCAUUCCAGCUGCUGGCGCCCCUGGCUUAAAUCACAUGUUAGACAGCCUUGAUGAUGAGGACAUGGAUGACAUUGAUUCCGAAUCUGAACUCGACAUCGAUAGCAGCGGGGAGAUAAUUUAUGCAAUGUAAUAGGAAGAAGAUAGGUUCCAUGUUUUUUGGUCAUAUCGAAGCAUAAGUCAUAGCUGCAGAGGAUCUAUGCUCUAGUGUGUAAGGUAAGCAUCUGAGAUUAAGACUAUAUUGAAGUGCACAAUGCUGGAGUCCGUCACGGUCAUGGAAGCUUUAUACGAAUCGGUCGAAGACGAUAUUUAAUACUACUUUAUGAGGCAGGAUCAUUAGAAAAAUAUAUAUAUCUUUAUU